AUGGUAUCUGACUAUGCAAGAGUGAAGUUCUUCUGCCUAACUGAAACUUGGGCUACAGCUGAAUCACUUAAUAAUUUUGUUAUUGAGAAUUUUCAGUUAGUUAGCUCAUAUUUUAGAUCGUCGUACAAAGGCGGUUGCCUAGCGAUUUAUUGUAGAGGUGAUGUUAUUGCAAAACCUAUUGACGUAUCUCAGUUUUCACUGGAUAAGAAUAUUGAGUUGUGUGCCAUUCAAUUCUCAAAUGGUGGUAUACGUAGCAUCAUCAUUUUGUGCUAUAGAUCUCCCUCGGGAGAUAUGAAAAUAUUCCAUGACAAUCUGAAUAGGGCUCUAAAUUUUGUUUUUAGGCCAAAUAUAAAUAUAAUUCUCUGUGGCGACUUCAAUGUAGAUUCUUAUAAUCAUAACGACGAUAAUGAGGCACUUGUGAAUGCUCUGUCUGAGUUUGGCUUGCAUCCACAGGUAGGUUGGCCAACAAGGAUUGGGCGCACGUCUAUCACAACGAUAGACCAAGUUUUCACCAACUUCAAUGAUAAAUGUUUGAAUUGCGUUGUUGAUAAUGUAAUAUCUGACCAUCGAACAGUACUUAUAGAAAUUAUGGAAUGUCCUCAAGCUGAGGAUGCGGUAAAAGAAACAGUUAAAAGGGUUUUUGAUACCCGGUCUGUUCAAAACUUCGUUUUAGACUUAAUGAAGGCGGCUCAUACCAAAUGGAAAAAUUUAAGGGAUUAUUUUCGAAGGGAACUGAAAAAAAUUCCGAUCCCACGGUCAGGAGAUCCAGGAGACAUUGCAACUAAAUCCCACUGGCCACAUUUUAAAAGUUUGCUAUUUUUAAAAGAUCAGUUUAAGCCUCGAGUAUCAACGGGAAAUUUGGCAGAUUCUCAGAAUGAAUUGCUUGCUACGGGCAUGCAAUCUGAUGUGAAUUCUGAUGAUGAUAGAGUAGAGACGGAAACAAUAGACGAAAUGCAAGACACCCUGAACGUCGAGCCAGCGACACCUACUUCUGUUUCUUCAGAAAAUAUUGAGGACUCGUCCACAGGCACGUCAAGUCAUUUUGCUGAACCCCGAACAGUUUUGAAGAGCCGACUCCGUAAAAGAAAAAAUAAUAUUGCUGAUUUAGUGGCCAUCGAAAAACAGAAAUUGGAAUUCAUCAGAACAAAGAGAGCCAACAUAGAGGAAACCAAAGAGGAUGAUCAUCUGGCAUUCUUUAAGAGUUUACUGCCACACGUAAAAAAAAUUCCGGACAACAAUAUUUUGCAGUUUAGAAAUAGCGUUCAAGAUCUAGUUCAGAGAUAUGCGUAUGAAAAACAACUGCGUAAGAAGUGGAAGAACCUGCGCGAUCAGUUUCGGAAAGAAAAAAAGAAGUUCCCUACGCCGCGUUCUGGUGACGCUGCCAACGAAACAGAGAGCACUUGGCCAUACUUUCAACUCAUGCAAUUUUUAAACGAUGAUAUUACACCUGAAGUCAUGACUGGAAACCUGCAUGAUAGUGAUUCGGAUUCCCUGAACGAGUCCUGUCAUACUGAGGAGCAAAAUGAUGUGAUGAGUCCAGGCACAUCAACCACCAGCAGUCGCACAAAUGCAUCAAAGCGCAACAAAACAGCAUCCGAUUAUAGAGAUGAGCUUAUGGAAUGUGAAAGAAAAAAAAAUUUGCUAAUAGAACAGAAAAUGGCCACAAAUAAUGUCCAGCCGGAAAAAUGUGAUGAUUAUCAUUUUUUUAUGAGUCUCCUGCCACAAAUGAAGCAAUUUGGUGAAGUACAAAAGUUACGUAUUCGCAAUAAAAUUACCCAAGUCAUAAUAGACGAGGCAGAAAGGAUGCAGUAUUCUUCUCAUCAGAGAUACGAGGAAAACUAUGAAGGCUAUUCUACUACUGGCACUUACACCAAUUUUUAA